AGAUAAAUGCACGACUGUUCAUGCAGGACGUCAGAAGGAACAUGGCAACUCGCUGGGGAAUCUGUGGAGCUGGAAACAUCAGUCAUGAUUUCUGUGUAGCUCUGAAGACACUUUCUAGUGCAGAUCACCAGAUAGUUGCAGUUGCAGCAAGAAGUCUAGAAAGUGCAAAGAAAUUUGCAAAGACUCAUGAUAUUCCAAAUGCAUACGGCAGUUACAAUGAGCUGCUAAAGGAUAAAAAUAUCGAUGUCGUGUACAUCGGUAUUCUCCACACACAUCAUCUUCAGGUGGGUCUGCUGUUCCUGAACGCAGGGAAGAACGUGUUGUGUGAGAAACCCUUCGCCAUGAACCUCCGAGAGGUCAAGCAGCUCAUCUCAGCCGCCAAGGAGAACAACGUCUUCCUCAUGGAGGCUGUCUGGUCCAGGUGUUUUCCGGUGUACGCUGAGGUUGGCAGGCUGCUCUCAGAAAACACCAUCGGGGACGUGAAGAUGGUGAAGGUGUAUUUCGGCUUACCUCUGAUGGACCGGACGCGCACCACAGACAGGGAGCAGGGCGGAGGAGCUCUAAUGGACAUCGGCGUUUACACUGUGCAGUUCGCACUGAUGGUGUUCAAGGGGGAGAGACCAGAGUCCAUCCACGCCACAGCGGUCCUGCUGCCCUCGGGAGCCGAUCAGUCGACGGUGGUGGUCCUGAAGUUCUCCGGGAACAGGAUGGCAAUAUGCGCUUGCACUAUCUCUUGUCUGCUUCCAAACGACGGUACCAUCUGUGGAACCGAAGGAACCAUCAGAGUGGCGAAUCCCAUGCACGCCCCAACCACUCUGGAGGUGAAUGGGAAAAAGACGGAGUUUCCUCUUCCUGAGCCUCCAUUGCCUCUGAACUUCGAGAACAGUGCCGGACUGAGGUACGAAGCGGAAGAAGUGAGACGGUGCCUCCAGAAAGGACUGAAGGAGAGCAGUAAGAUGUCACUGACACACUCCGAGCUUCUAAUUGAGGUCCUGGAUGAGGCCAGGAGGCAGAUAGGCGUGGUCUAUAAACAGGACAGCCAAUGACUGCCCUCCAUUUCUGCCUGACUGGACGAUGCUUCUCAGGAAAAGAGCAUGUUUGAACAUUUGUGUAAUAAAAGUCAUGUGUGUAGAAAAUUGUGCACAAUAAAUGUGACCCUAACAGUG